AGCUCGUCUGGUGCGAAGACGCUCGCUGUCAACACACCGAGUCUUCGUCUAGAAAUAAAGUCGACGGACAAAGACACAGACAGAAGCUUCAGCUGUGAGGCUUCCAACCCAGUCAGUAAGGAGACGACUACGAUCGACGUCACACACGUCUGCUGUCUGGACAAAGAGAUCUUCAGCUCUAUUGGUGACUCUUCAGUUCAGGAGGUGAUCGGUGCUGUAGGCGACUCUGUUACGUUUCCUUUACAUGUUCCUGUUUCUGGGAAUAUAAUUUAUAAAAGUGAUAUAGUUGGACGGGUGUUAAAUAGUCAAAGUGAGAUAAACGAUGAGAGGUUUGUGAAUCGUCUUCGUUGGCACAAUCAGCGUGGGUUCUUCACUCUCUCAGACCUGAGACCAGAUGAUUCAGGACUUUACACAGUUCAGAGCACUAAAGACAUAAAGGGAAAACAGGAGUAUCGUCUGGACGUGUACGAGAGAGUUUCAGCUCCUCAGGUGACGACAACCUUCAGUUCUGCAGAGUUCUGUUCAUUACUGUGUUCUGUGAGGAACGUCAGAGGACUGAAGCUCGUCUGGUCUGAAGACCGCGGUUUAUUAAACCAAACUAUCAGCAACUCCACGUCCAAUACCAUACUGAGUCUUCAUCUAGAAAUAAAGAAGACGGACAAACACAGACAGAGAAACUUCAGCUGUGAGGCUUCCAACCCAGUCAGUAAUGAGACGACUACAAUCGACGUCACAAAAUUCUGCUCUCUGGACAAAGGUACAGAUACUCGGGCAAACCAGAUUGUGAUUCCAGUUGUCGUGUCUGUGAUUUUACUCCUGCUCGUAAUCGGGAUGUUUGUGUAUCUGAAGAAAAAGAAACAAAAUGAAGCCAGUCGCCAUACAGAAGACUCCUCUGCAACUGAAGGACUGAAUGAAGAAAUACAGUAUUCUGUGAUAAAUCAUAUUAAACCCACUCAGACAAAUAUACGAGAACGUGCCGAUGAGGAAGUGUGUCAACUAACCACCAUUUACGACAGAAUUAGACCUGAGAGAACGUCAGAGAGCAACACAGUGAACCAGAGCUGAAGGAUGUGAAUAUAUUCAACACAUUUUAAAUAUAAUCGUGUUUACGCUCAUUCACAUGAAGGAAAGUUUUCUGCUUAACUGAUGGCUUUUGUGUUUAAUACCACAAGCAAUAAUUAUAUUUCAGUGAAGUCCUCUGAGUAUCAUUUAUUUAAAUAAACUCCUUUUUAUUCUG